ACAUGCGGGCGUGCACACUGAGUGCAACAAAGUGUCAACAUGAAAGGCAAUCCACUUUUGUUGCAUUUGUUCUACACUCUCUUGCUGUUUCUUGGAGCGUCACGCUCAUCAGCGGGGAAUGAUAGUAACGAUGACACUAAACCUAAAAAAGUUUAUAUCGUGUAUAUGGGAGCCGCAGAUUCAUCAAAUGGUUCUCUUCGGAAUGACCAUGCUCAGCUUUUGAAUUCAGUAUUAAGAAGGGAUAAGAAGGCACUAGUACGAAACUACAAACAUGGUUUCUCAGGAUUUGCAGCUCGUCUAACAAAAGAGGAGGCAGACUCAAUUUCUCAAAAACCUGGUGUUGUGUCUGUUUUUCCUGAUCCCAUUCUGAAGCUCCACACUACACGUUCAUGGGAUUUUCUCAAACACCAAACUCGUGUCAAAACCAGUACCAAAUCAAACACGGUCUCCAAUUCUUCUUCCUCGUCGGACGUCAUCCUUGGCAUCUUAGACACAGGUAUAUGGCCAGAGUCAGAGAGUUUUAACGACAAGGGUAUGGGUCCAAUUCCAUCCCAUUGGAAAGGCACUUGUGUGGAAUCCAAAUACUUCAAUUCCUCAAACUGUAAUAGAAAGCUAAUCGGCGCAAGGGUUUACGCCCAGUCUUUUAGUUCUACGAAAGACGGGGACGAUAACACGCCAAGGGAUUCGAACGGCCACGGAACACACGUGGCGUCCACGGCGGUGGGCGCCGUCGUGGAGAACGCAUCGUACUACGGUUUGGCGCCGGGAACCGCAAAGGGUGGCUCGCCGGGUUCAAGAUUGGCGGUUUACAAAGUGUGUUUUGGGAUGUUUUGUGACGGUUCGGCAAUUUUGGCAGCGUUUGAUGAUGCCAUUGCGGACGGUGUGGAUGUGUUGUCGCUGUCGCUGGGUGGACUCCCUGAGACCCCAGCAGAGUUGAUCAACGACACCGUCGCGAUCGGAGCAUUCCACGCCGUCGAGCGCGGCAUCGUCGUGGUCUGCGCCGCAGGGAAUGAUGGCCCGUCUCCGUAUUCGGUUGUCAACGACGCGCCUUGGAUUUUAACCGUUGCAGCUUCCACUAUCGACCGGGAUCUUCAGUCCGACGUCGUUUUAGGUGAUAACACGAUAAUCAAGGGAAGAGCCAUAAAUUUCUCUCCUCUUUCAAAUUCUCCCAAGUAUCCAAUUAUAUAUGGUGAGUCUGCGAAGGCGAAUAGCACCAACAUAGCCGAUGCAAGACAAUGCCACGAAGAUUCAUUAGAUGGAAAUAAAGUGAAAGGGAAGAUUGUGGUUUGUGAUGGCAAAGAUGAUGGUUAUGUUUCGAAUACUUAUACGAAAAUUGAUAGUGUAAAAGCACUGGGAGGAAUAGGGCUGGUUCAUAUUAGUGAAGAAGAUGGAGCGGUAGCAUUUAAUUAUGUGGACUACCCAGCAACAGUCAUAACUUUUAAAGAUGGCGCCAGACUCCUCCAAUAUAUCAAUUCAACCAACAAUCCAGUGGCAACAGUUCUACCAACAAUUAUUGUUCCUGAUUAUAAGCCCGCUCCAAUGGUGGUACGCUUUUCAUCAAGAGGGCCCUCAUCGCUUUCAAGCAAUAUUCUCAAGCCUGAUAUUGCAGCACCAGGAGUUAACAUUCUCGCGGCAUGGAUUGGAAAUAGUUUCGAAGAUGUUCCAAAAGGAAGAAAACCUUCACCAUACAGAAUAAUCUCAGGGACUUCCAUGGCUUGCGCACAUGUUUCAGGGCUUGUAAGCAGAGUCAAAACACAUAACCCUACUUGGAGUGCCUCUGCAAUCAAAUCUGCCAUCAUGACUACAGCAAUUCAAAAUGACAACUUGAAGGCUCCAACAACAACUGAUUCAGGGUUUGUAGCAACACCUUAUGACUAUGGAGCUGGGGAAAUUACCACAUCUGCACCAUUACAACCAGGGCUUGUUUACGAAACUGACACCAUGGAUUACUUGAACUACUUGUGUUAUAUUGGAAUUAACACAACCACAAUUAAAAUUAUCUCCAGAACUGUCCCUAGUAAUUUCAAUUGUCCAAAGGAUUCAAGUUCUAAUCUUGUCUCCAACAUCAACUAUCCUUCCAUUGCAAUAAAUUUCACUAGUGAAGGAGUUGUGACUGUGAGUAGAACUGUCACAAAUGUUGGUGAAGAAGAUGAAACCGUGUAUUUCUCUACUGUGAAGGCUCCUAAUGAAGUAAAUGUCACACUAAUUCCAGAUAAACUUCAAUUUACGAAAAGUAUUAAAAAGUUGAGCUACCAAGUUAUUUUCUCUUCAAAUUUGACAUCUUUAGAAGAACAUCUAUUUGGAUCUAUUACUUGGAGUAAUGGUAACUAUAUAGUUCGAAGUCCUUUUGUAUUAACUGCAUAGUAAAAUUAAAAGUAGUAAUGAAUAAACUUGUGUUAAUUUCUUCA